GACAACCGAACGGUGGGACGAGGCGACGGGGAGGGGAAGGACAGGACGGCCGGAGCGACCUCUGGAGCGCGGCGAGCGAGGGCCAGAGUGCAUCGCACUAUGCGUUGCAUUGCUGUCGAAAAUGGCGUCGAGCUCAGAGCUGCUGGAAUAUUCGUCCCCGGUGAAGCGCCGUAAGGUCGAGGGCGACGGUCACGGGAGCAUCAGCGCGGCACUGGUGGAUCCGCAGCCCGGCACGACACCGCGCGAUAGCCCGCACGGCGACCUCGAAGAAGCACUUGGCACAGAUAGUGGAUUCAACGAAAUGAGUGAUGAAUCGAAAUCAGCUUCUAUAUCUCCCACAACUACAAAUUUAAUAUCACCGUCAUCAAAAAUUGAUUCCACCAGUAAUGAUACUGGUUGCCCAAUUGAUACUGCAGAUGAGAAAGAUGAAAUAUCCUCCACUGUAUCAAAUUUGUCAGAUUUAUCAGGUUUGUCUGAUCUUUCUGGAGAAGCAGUCAAUCAUCAAUGGAGAAAUGAUACUACUUCAUGGAUUCAAAGACAGAUGUUAACGGGUGUCGACCCUAGGGCUCUACUACAUCAUCUUUUCAUGGAUUCCACACAGAUUCCUGAACAGGUUGAUGACAUCACAUUAUGGAAGAUUAUAAUCAAUAUGAUGUCUGAACCUCCAAAACGGCAGAAACUCAAACACAUAAAUACCUUAUCAGAUGUAGUGCGAUUAAUUCGCGAUAGCAAGAAAAUUAUAGUAUUGACUGGCGCAGGUGUUAGUGUCAGCUGUGGUAUUCCUGAUUUUAGAAGUAGAGACGGUAUUUAUUCACGACUAGCACAAGAUUUUCCAGACUUACCAGAUCCACAGGCUAUGUUCGAUAUUAAUUAUUUUAGCCGAGAUCCGAGGCCGUUCUACAAAUUUGCACGCGAAAUAUACCCAGGACAAUUUAAACCCAGUCCUUGUCAUAGGUUCAUUAAAAUGUUAGAUAAGCAAAAGAAGCUUUUGAGAAAUUACACGCAAAAUAUUGAUACUUUGGAACAGGUCGCCGGUAUAAAAAAUGUGAUUGAAUGUCAUGGCUCUUUUGCCACUGCUUCAUGUACAAGAUGUAAAUAUCGAGUCAAAGCGAACGACAUCAGGGAAGAUAUCUUCGCACAGAGAAUACCCACAUGUCCGAAAUGCCGUGUCAACGCAUUGCCUUCUUUGUCCGAAGUGAAUUGUAGCGAGAACUACAGAGAUUUGGUGAAGCAAGGUAUAAUGAAACCAGAUAUCGUCUUCUUCGGUGAAGGGCUCCCAGAUGCUUUUCACGACGCGAUGGCCAAAGACAAAGAUGAUUGCGAUCUUCUAAUCGUUAUCGGAUCGUCCUUGAAGGUUCGGCCGGUAGCUCUAAUUCCUUCAUCCAUUCCAUCGCAUGUGCCGCAGAUUCUUAUUAAUCGAGAGUCAUUGCUACUCAAAUUCGAUGUGGAAUUAUUGGGAGACGGUGAUAUUAUUAUAAAUCAAAUCUGCCAUUUAAUGGGCGAUACUUAUAAAGAAGUCUGUUGGUAUGAUAAAAUCCUAAAAGAAACCUCGCAACUCUUACCACGACGAUGUCUAUCUGAUGACACAUGGGAACAGAGCCAAGAUACGACAAGUAAUACUGAAGCAUCACGCGAUAGUGUAGAAGUCCAUUUAAAACCUCACAAUGUAUCUUCAAUUGAAAGUCAGGAUAGUACUUCGAUUUCUACAAAUGCCAUACCACAACACACAGAAGAUAUCAAUGUCUGCGUAUCAUCUUUACAUGAUGAUUACAUGGAAAAUUCAGAGGAGAGCUUGAAUCUUCUAGGAGAAAGUCCGAAAAGACGAUCGGGUGACAUUAGUAUAGAGAAUAGCCCGAAAAGAAUGAACUUUGGCAACACACACGAGACGAGAGGCACAAGUUCAACAUCAACGAAAAUGAAUGUCGAGUGCACAAUAUCAUCAAAGAGUGAACUUCAUGUUAUGUCUUCAAAAUCUGUGUUUGAAAAUAAUUCAGAAGAAUGUCAGGUAGUGCCGACAAUAUUAUCCCUUUCCUCGGAAGCUGUAAUAAGCGAAAAUACUCUGGAGUCGCACAAAUCGCUGAACAAAUAUAGAAAAUCAAACAAGUAUAACAACGCAAUGGUAAAUACCGUCGAGUCGGACAAAAUGAUAGCGAAACCGAGACAAGCAUCGGUAGACUCUGUAUUAGAUUCCGGCAUAGGCGAUAGUUGUAACAGCAUUGAUAGCACAGAAGAAAAGUUUGAUAUCGCCGAAUUGAAAAAUAGAAGACCAGAGAGACAUUGCUGGCAACCAAAGAUUCGAGAAAGUCUUGCUACUCGACUACCAGAAAAUUCAUAUUACCAAUUGGCGCCGGGCAGGUACAUUUUUCCUGGCGCAGAGAUUUAUGCCGAACCUGAGAAAUACGAUCAAUGCUCCUUUUCGGUAAAUUCCGAGAGCACAGAUAGUGACAGUGAUUCUUCUUCAGGAGAAGAAGAAGAAGAUGAAGAGGAAGAAAUCGAAAUCUGUGCAGACGAUGAUCUAUCGGAAAGUGCAGAUGCUGACGCUGACACUGAUGGUCAAAAUAAUGACUCAAAAUGGACGAUUCUUAACUCUUAUGCUACACAACAUUGAAUUGGAAUUAUGUUCGGAUAUAGCGGAUUAGCUUUGAUGUAAUUCUAUCCAUCUUUAUCAGGAUUGAUUGCGAUCAUGCAUAUAAGUAAUAAGCAAAUAGUGCAAUUUUUCCGGUUUAGUUACGAAGCAAAAUAAUUCACUAAACGGUGUCUAAUACAAGCUGUCUCAGAGUUUAUGAUAAAUUACUUAAUGUUAUUCCUGAUUGCAGAAUAUCUCGAAAAAUCCAUUAAAUUACUUUUUUCCGAUAUUUAAUAAAGAAAUUAUUAAAUAAAGUUUAUUCAGUCAGUCGUUAUAUAUCCAAGAUGCUGCAAUGCAAUGGAGCAUUAUUAUUCAUGAGAAUUUUAUGAAAUACGCAGACGUAUGCAGAUCCGCAAAGAAUGCUGCUGAUUGAGUAAACCUAAUAAACUUAAUAAAUUUCUUUAUUAAAUAUCAAAGAAAAAAUAAUUUGAUUCGUUUUCAUUCAAGAACAACAUUAUGUAAUUUUGACGUGAAUUUUGUAUAAAGUAGGUUAAAAUAGUUACGAAUUAUUUCUCAAUUUUAUACUAAGAAGCUAUCACAAAAACUAUAAGAAAAGACCUUAUUCACAUUAUAAUGAUCUAGCUGCGCUUUAGUUUCGUUAUUUAUUCAGAUAUAAAUUUAUUCUAAUAAUGAUUCUUGAAAAGAAGAUAUUUUAAUACAGUUCAGUCAUUGUCAUUUUCUUAUUUUACUCAUAAUAUGAAAGUUCUAUGACUCUUUCACUAAUAUAUUUAAACAAAUGAUUUAUAUUUCAAGAAUAUCUAUUUUAAUUACAUAUUCUUUAUCAAUGAUAUAUUUCUCAAUAUUUGAACGGCACAUUUUCCAAGUAGAAAUUAUGAAAAAAUAUGCCAAUAAGUUUGUAACUAAA